AUGAUGUUCCCAGGCCUCCUCGCACCCCCCGCGGGGUACCCCAGCCUCCUGCGCCCCACGCCCACCUUAACGCUGCCCCAGUCCCUGCAGUCGGCAUUUUCUGGCCACUCCAGCUUCCUGGUGGAGGAUCUGAUUCGCAUCAGCCGACCUCCGGCUUACCUGCCCCGCAGUUUACCCACCGCCAGCAUGUCGCCCCCUAGGCAGGGGGUCCCCACGACUCUCACAGACACCGGGACCUCAGACCUGGGCUCCCCGAGUCCCGGCAGUCGACCAGACGGUUCACCUCAGACGGCCGCCUCACCUGCCAACGAGCCCACGUUUCUGAAGUUUGGGGUGAACGCCAUCCUCUCCUCAGCGCCCAGAACAGAAACAUCCCCCGCCUUGCUCCAGAGCGUUCCUCCCAAGACUUUCGCCUUUCCCUACUUCGAAGGUUCCUUCCAGCCUUUCAUCAGAUCUUCUUAUUUCCCAGCGUCCUCAAGCGUUGUGCCCAUCCCGGGGACCUUCUCCUGGCCGCUUGCGGCCCGCGGCAAGCCUCGCCGGGGCAUGCUGCGCCGAGCCGUGUUCUCCGACGUGCAGCGCAAGGCGCUGGAGAAGAUGUUCCAGAAGCAGAAGUACAUCAGCAAGCCCGACCGCAAGAAGCUGGCGGCCAAGUUGGGCUUGAAAGACUCACAAGUGAAAAUCUGGUUCCAGAACCGACGCAUGAAGUGGCGGAACUCCAAGGAGCGCGAGCUCCUGUCUAGCGGGGGCUGCCGAGAGCAGACCCUUCCCACCAAACUCAAUCCGCACCCAGACCUCAGUGACGUUGGCCAGAAGGGCCCGGGGGACGACGAAGAGGAAGACGAGGGCCGGGGCAGCCCCCGCCACCGCCUAGUCUAUCACGCAUCCCCCGACCCUCGGCACCUGCGGGACCCGCGGCUGGAAGGGCCGCUGCCCGCCUCGCCCGCGCACUCGAGCAGCCCCGGCAAGCCUUCGGACUUCUCCGAUUCCGAGGAGGAUGAGGAUGAAGAGGAAGAGAUCACCGUGUCUUAG